CGUCACUACACCACACCAUUUCUCAUAUCUUCCACAAAACACAAACAAAACUCCCAAUUGGACUCUUCGAACUAUCUGUCCUCUCUUCUUUAUCUCACUCUCGGAGAAUUAGGGUUUCUGCAGUCUCAAUACUAACUUUCUCUGUCUGGUUUGUGCUUUUCAAUGCCUGCUAAUUACUUGCCCAAAUCGCGCCUUGAAAACCCUAGACUUUGCAGAACUCCUCCAUUUUGUUGGGGAUUUUGGGUUAUCAGUGGAUUGGUGUCUUCGCUUUGGUUGGAAUUGUGUGUCAGAAUUUGAUUGAAGCCCGCCGGCGAUUCUUGGAUGGCGCCAAGUCGAAGGAAGGGCGCCGGCAAAGCUGCUGCGGCUGCAGCUGCCCGCCGCCAAUGGAAGGUGGGCGAUCUCGUUCUUGCUAAAGUCAAAGGCUUUCCUGCUUGGCCUGCCACGGUAAGUGAGCCAGAGAAGUGGGGCUACUCAGCCGAUUGGAAGAAAGUACUUGUCUACUUCUUUGGAACGCAGCAAAUAGCCUUCUGCAAUCCUGCUGACGUUGAAGCAUUUACUGAAGAGAAGAAACAAUCUCUUUUGGUCAAACGUCAAGGAAAAGGUGCAGAUUUUGUUCGUGCAGUGCAGGAGAUUAUCGACAGUUAUGAGAAGUCAAAGAAAACAAACCAAGCUGAUGAUCUCAAUUCUGGAGAAGAAGUUACUCUCGCAAAUGGUGGGAAUUCAAUGGAGUCGUCGGCUGAUUUUGAGUCAAAGGGUCGGACUGAAACUUCUGAAGCAACUGUUACAGGUAGAAAUGAUCCUUCUCUUGGAAGCAGCGUUGCUCCUGAUGUCUCAAAAAUCGGUUCUCUGCUUGAUAAAGAGGCCUUAUUAGAGCAGCCCACUGAUAAUGUCGUGGUCACAGCAAAACCUGUUAUAACUACAUAUACUUCAAGAAAGAGAUCUGGAGGCCUACGUACCCGUAAACGUGCCACAGAGAAACAGGAUUCUUCAGUUGAAAGAUCUAGAAGCUUUUCACGGUUAGAAUCCUCUAGAUUCCAGAACCUUAUGAUUCCAUCUAAAUUAGAUGGAGACAUGAAUGUGGGGGAUGCAUCAACUGAAGUGAUCCUGGAUAGAUCAUUACGAAGGAACAAGCGAGUACGGAAAUCACCAGAUGCCUCUGAAUGGGAUGAUGUGGAUUCAUCUGCUCAUGUUUCAAAUGGAAGCAUCGAAGACAACAGUUCUGAAAUUGUAACAGUUGAUUCUGAUUCUCUGAGUCUAAAUGAAGGCAGCACUAUAGAUAGUGAAUCUAAACCUGAACACUCUGAAACUGUUGUUGAGUGUUUGGAGGGAGAUGUUGAGUUGAGCAAAGGGCUUGAUUUUCAAAUAAAAGCUGUGGUUAUAAAGAAGAAAAGAAAACCAAACAGAAAGCGAGUGACUAAUGAAGCAGCCGAGCAACAUGUCAGGUUGGAAACAGAGGCUGAUUUAGAUGCUGGAGUGCAUAGUAGUAGCCAAAAUUCACAAUCUUGUGAAAACUUGAAUGAGAGGCAUAAUAAAGAAGAUGGAGAUGAGCACUUGCCUCUAGUGAAACGAGCUAGGGUUAGGAUGGGCAAAUUAUCAUCUUCGGAGGAGGAACACAGCAGCUUUUCUCAAGCUGAAGAAAAAAUCUCUCAUGGUGUUGCUCCCUCUGAGGUACACAAUGGCUUAUGUCCAGUUGAAGAAAGAAGCCCUAAUGAGGUUGCAGUAGCUAUGGUUGAGCAGAUUGGCCCGCCAACUAACUUCAAUGAUGAUUGCUCUGCUGAUAAAGGCUUGUUUUCUGUGAAGGGAGCAGUGGAUAAUGCAUCAACCCAAAAGGUCUUUGUUCAAAUUCCGGCAAAUAGGUCCCAGCUGUCAAUAGUUAAGGAGAAUCAGUCUUUUGGCUGCUCAGCAGAUGGUGAAGCUGCUUUGCCUCCUUCCAAACGUCUUCAUCGUGCUCUAGAAGCCAUGUCAGCAAAUGCUGCAGAAGAUCAGGCAUGUGGUGGGACAGCAACCAUGAAAACAUUAAUGAAUGAGAGUUCCAGUACUCUAAGGAGAAGCUCUUCUGACACGAUCUUUGAAAGGAAAGAAAGUGAUGGUGCAGGAGAACAGAGUGUAGAGACUCUUGGCCUUAGGACCUCUGCUUUCUGUUCAAGCUCUGACACAAUUUUGGAUGAACCUAUCAAAUCACCAUUUGAAGCAGACAUUUCUGUUCAACCAAUAGCAGGUUCCAAGAGUCGAGAACAUUGUGAAGAUGUCUUGAAAGAGGCCUUGGAACAUGAACGUGGCAAAGAUCUUAAUCAAUCAUGUGGAGGUCAGGCUUUUUGUACUGCUAUUCAACAAAGCAGAAAUAACUCUACACAUAAUUUUGACAGUAGACAGGCCAGUCUGCGAUCCAGUGAGGGCUUAUCAGAUGAAUUGUUACUUCUGAAGGAUGAAGUCUGUUCUGAAAGACUUCAGUUAAGAGAUGUUGGAGCUGAAUACAUUGGUUCUUCUGAGCAUUCUCAACUGAUUCCAGCUCUUAUCUCACAUGCUGAUGAAGCUUCGAAGGUUACAUCUCAAAAUGGUUCAAAUGUGCUUCAGUACAGUGCUGAGGAUACUGGCUGUGAGAAUACUGAAUCAUUGAGGUCUCCAAUUCACGGCAACAAUCAAGUUGAUGGCAUGUCUGAGGAGGCAAAAGGUCUCAAAUAUGAGAAAAGACGGAAGGAAGCUAGUUAUGCUUCUAUUUCUGAUCAUCAUUUGCAUCACAGUGGUGUCUUGGUAGCCCAGUCAAGUCCAGUUCCGGCUGAUGGAACAGAAUCUCCUGCACAAACAUCUCCACCCACUACCUCAACAUGCCAUGUAUCUACCUCAGAAAGUGCUAAUUUUGUUCAACAUAGUGGAUGUUCUACUCCCAAUCAUUCACACCAGAAGACAACUGUAUGUACAUCAGUUGAAGAAGAAAAAAUUGAAUUACUGGUGCCGCAACUUGCAAAAUCUGCUGGCAGAUGGAGUAAUUAUGCAGAAGCGCAUGCUGCUUUAUCAUCCUUUGAAGGAACGCUUGGAUCAUUGACCAGGACAAAGGAGAGCAUCGGUCGAGCAACUCGCAUAGCCAUUGACUGUGCAAAGUUUGGUAUUUCUAACAAGGUGGUAGAGAUUUUAGCCCGUCAUUUGGAAAGUGAGUCUAGUUUACACAGAAGGGUGGAUUUGUUUUUCCUUGUGGAUUCUAUCACUCAGUGUUCUCGAGGUUUGAAAGGUGAUGUGGGUGGCAUAUACCCUUCAGCUAUUCAAGCAGUGUUGCCACGUCUGCUUUCAGCUGCUGCUCCUCCUGGAAGUUUUGCACAAGAAAAUCGGAGGCAGUGUUUGAAGGUUCUGAGGCUUUGGCUGGAAAGAAGGAUCCUUCCAGAAUCUGUUAUUCGCCAUCAUAUGCGGGAACUUGAUUCACUAGGUGCUUCAUCUUCCGCUGGUGCGUAUUCUCGCCGUUCAGCAAGAACAGAAAGGGCUUUAGAUGAUCCUGUUAGAGACAUGGAGGGUAUGCUUGUUGACGAAUAUGGAAGCAAUUCAAGUUUUCAGCUUCCAGGAUUUUGUAUGCCCUGUAUGCUUAAGGAUGAAGAUGAAGGAAGCGAUUCUGAUGGGGAGAGUUUUGAGGCUGUCACUCCUGAACAUAAUCCUGAAACCCCUGAAGAACAAGAGACCUGCCAUCCAAUUGAAAAGCACACACACAUCUUGGAAGAUGUUGAUGGUGAGCUUGAAAUGGAGGAUGUGGCUCCAUCUUGUGAAGUUGAAGCAAGUUCAACCAAUGGCAUUGCUGGAGUCAAUGGUGUACCGAAUUUGCACGAUCAAUUAGAACAGAAUUUUCCACUUCCCUUUGCCCCUCCUUUGCCUCAGGAUGUGCCACCAUCAUCACCACCACUGCCAACAUCACCUCCUCCACCUCCACCUCCACCGCCACCACCUCUUCCUCCUACUGGUCCCCCUUCUUGUGCGAUGCCUGAUUCUUAUGUUAAUGGUGUUGAUUCAAAAAUUUAUACAAAUUCGCAUAAUAUGCAAGAUGACUUGCGAGAAUCCAGGGCUCAGCAGCCAACUGCACCAAGGAUCAACCCAUCAUCAAUGUCCAAUGGAGUGCAUUAUCAUGCUACUGAAUGUAGGGAUGAGAUGCAGAUUUGUGACUCUACAAGCUCUUUCAGCAGUUAUCCUGUACACCCAGUGCACACAGACGGUUCUACCUUCCACCACAAGGCUUAUCCUCCAAGGCCUCCACACCGACAUCCUCCAAAUCAAUUCUCUUAUGUCCAGUCAGGCCAGCAUGUAAAGUCUCGGAGAGAGAAUCCACCUCCUUAUGAGCACAGAUACCACCCGUCACAUAAUGGUGAUGGUGGAAACUUUUACUAUAACCACGAGAGAAUGAGACCAGCCCCAUAUGAGCCCAGUGAAAGUUGGAGGUACCCAGCACCCCCCUUUUCUGGGCCACGAUAUCCUGAUAAAGGUAGAACACCUUACUCGCCUGGUCCAUAUGGUGGCCCCCCAAGAGAACAGACUAGGAUACCUCAUCAAGGGUGGUCAUUUCCUCCCCGGGAGAUGCAUCAUAGAAACUUUAUGCCUUUUAGACCACCCCCCGAAAGUGCAAUUCCAGUUUCUAAUAGAGUCAGUCGGGCGGGAAUGGGCGGUUCUGCAUCUGUCCCUGAGAAAUCAAUCCAUGAAUUCACUGUCAAGGAUGCGCGAGGCCAGGAAGUCGACCUCAGCGUCUACAAAGGGAAGGUUCUCCUUGUCGUCAAUGUCGCCUCUAAAUGUGGAUUUACGGAUUCAAAUUACACCCAGUUGACUGAGCUUUAUAAAAAGUACAAGGACCAAGGUCUUGAAAUCUUGGCUUUUCCAUGCAAUCAAUUUCUAAAACAAGAGCCUGGGUCAAGUGAAAAUGCGCAAGAGUUUGCUUGUACACGAUACAAGGCUGAAUACCCAAUCUUCCAAAAGGUUCGUGUCAAUGGGCCGAAUACAGCACCUGUCUACAAAUUCCUAAAGGCGAGUAAAUUUGGCUUUAUGGGAUCUAGCAUAAAGUGGAAUUUUACGAAGUUUUUAAUCAACAGGGAAGGGCAAGUCAUCAAUCGCUAUGGCCCAACCACCAAUCCUUUGUCUUUUGAGGAUCAUAUCAAGAAAGCAUUGGAAAUUAAGUGAGGAAUAUGCUGUAAAAAGAUGGGAGUAAAAAGACAAAAAGAAGAGGUUAAUCGUUUAAAUGGCGAAGAGGCUACUCUCCUAUCAAUUUAGUUAUUGUAUAUUAUGAACAGUGAAGUUUUUCUAUAUCUGGUAUUCGGUUUGCAGAUUAGAAAAUACACACUCUGUAGAUAGUUUGCUAUCAAGUUGUUCCUUCCUAUUGAGCUUUUCCAAUGAAACUUCUUAUGUGUGAUUGUCCGGUUGAAAUCUUGAUUGCUUGGCUUUGGAUUUGCAUAAUCAGAGCCUCGGACGAUCACCUUGCAAAUGGUUAUUUAAGUGGCACUGUUUGAUUAACAUUCAGCAAUAAGAUUCUAUCAGUUAUCCUAUUUGAAA